CAUAAGUCAUCGCAUCUGUCAGUUUCAUUUAAAUCUGAAUUCUAACCUAAAUAUCCCAAAAGGUAGAUAAAUCAUCUGCAAAAUUUAUAUUUAAUCCACUUUCAUUAAAUUCGCAAGACGGAAUUAAUUUAUUAAUCCGUAAUGGCUGAAGAAAUACAGAAAAAACUGCAAAAGGAACUCGAAGUGUUCAAUGGUCUUCAAAAAGAGUAUCAUAAGGCUGUAGCUCAAAAACAACAACUAGAUAGCCAAUUAAAUGAGAACAAGGCGGUGAAAGAAGAAUUAAUAUUAUUAAAGAAGGACUCUGAGGUAUAUAAGCUAAUUGGCCCAGUAUUAGUAAAACAAGAUCUAGAAGAAGCUAGGCAAAAUGUCGCAAAACGUAUGGAAUACAUCAGCAAAGAGAUCAAAAGAACAGACGGUAAUAUAUCAGCUUUAGAAAACAAACAGCAAGCAAUACAAGAGAACCUUAAUAAACUAAAAAAUGAUCUUGGAAACUUGAAAAUUACUGCGUAAAUGUACUUUGUCAUUAUCUAUCAUAAGUGUUUUAAUGUUUAUUUAAAAAAAAUUGUGUGAUUUCUUUCUAAUAUACUAACAUAAUGCAUUUGAACACUUAUUGUCUCUGUAAAAUAAUAUUAGUUUAUUUCUUUUUAGUUGUGAUAUGUCUUUAGGUAAUGAGUCUAUAGCUUGAUAUGAACUAUGGAUACUAUAUUUGCUACCAAUGAAAAUUAUGAUAGUUUUACAUGAAGACCUUAGCUUUUGAUAUAGAUUCACUUCAAACAUCAUAUAAGAGAAAUAAAGGUAUAAAACAAAGUCUGGUUCUUA